UCAGCCCUUCAGUGCAGCAUGGCGCCGCUCUUGGUCCCGCUGAAAUGUGGGUUUCACAUCCAAAAGCGUAAAUUAUCGCUUUUACUACAGCAGAGCAGCACUUUUCACGCGUGGAGCCAUCACGACCACAGAGGGGCGAGUAAACGGAAACACCUGAGCACGUAUCAGCUAUCAAGUCCAAACCUUGCAUCAUCGACAUGGGCUGUCAACAGAGGUCACAACAGUCGACAGAUCCUGGAAACAGUAAAACAUCUACAGGUCCUAGAGAGACAUUGCUGGCAUGGACAUGCAGGAGGUGGACUCAAUGCAGAUCCCAAAAAUGUGCUCAAGGAAGUGAACUCAACAGAUAUUCUGGGAGCAAUGAUGUCGUAUGUUUGGCCCAAAGACCGACCAGACCUCCGAGCACGUGUGGCCAUAUCACUGGGGCUGCUUGCUGGAGCCAAGAUAACCAAUGUGACGGUGCCCUUUAUGUUUAAAUAUGCGGUGGAUGGCCUCAACCAGAUGUCGGGACACAUGUUGAACCUGAGCGAUGCGCCAAACACGGUGGCAACCAUGGCAACGGCUAUGUUGAUUGGCUAUGGCGUAUCCCGGUCUGGAGCAGCGCUCUUCAAUGAGCUGAGGAACGCCGUGUUUGGAAAAGUGGCUCAGAGCUCUAUCAGAAGAAUAGCUAAGAACGUCUUUCUCCAUCUUCAUAACCUGGACCUUGGUUUCCACCUGAGCAGACAGACAGGAGCGCUGUCGAAGGCCAUUGACCGCGGGACGCGAGGAAUCAGCUUUGUUCUCAGUGCUCUGGUCUUUAACCUGGGGCCCACUCUAUUUGAGAUGCUUCUGGUCAGCGGCAUUUUGUAUUAUAAAUGUGGGGGUCAGUUUGCGAUGGUCACUCUGGGAACGUUAUCCGCAUACACUGCAUUCACAAUCGCUGUUACACAAUGGAGGACGCAGUUCAGGAUAAAGAUGAAUAAGGCUGAUAAUGAGGCUGGAAAUGCCGCGAUUGACUCUCUUCUUAAUUAUGAAACUGUGAAGUAUUUCAACAAUGAAAGGUACGAGGCCGAGCGGUAUGAUGCUUUUCUGAAGGUGUACGAAUCGUCAUCUCUGAAGACUACCACUACUCUGGCCAUGCUGAACUUUGGUCAGAGCGCCAUCUUCAGCAUCGGCCUCACCGCUAUUAUGGUACUCGCAAGCAAAGGCAUAAUGGCAGGAAUGAUGACAGUGGGAGAUUUAGUUAUGGUGAAUGGACUGCUGUUCCAGCUCUCUAUGCCACUCAACUUCCUGGGCACCGUGUACAGAGAGACCAGACAGGCCCUUAUAGACAUGAACACACUCUUCACACUUCUUAGUGUGGACACUAAGAUUAAGGAUAAAGACAUGGCCCCCUCAUUGCUUGUUAGACCCCAGGAAGCCACCAUCAGGUUUGAAGAUGUGUAUUUUGAGUACUUGGAGGGACAAAAGGUGCUUAACGGGGUUUCAUUUGAAGUCCCUGCUGGGAAAAAGGUGGCUAUUGUUGGCGGCAGUGGAUCUGGGAAGAGCACAAUUGUCAGAUUGCUCUUUCGUUUCUACGAGCCACAGCAAGGCAACAUCUACAUCGCUGGUCAGAACGUUCGUGAUGUUGGUUUGGAGAGUUUGAGGAAAGCUUUGGGUGUCGUUCCGCAGGAUGCUGUGCUUUUCCACAAUACCAUAUUUUACAAUCUGCAAUAUGGCAACAUCAAUGCCACAGCAGAGGAGGUGUAUCAAGUGGCCAGACUUGCUGGAAUCCAUGAUGCCAUUCUGAAAAUGCCUCAUGGGUAUGAAACGCAGGUUGGAGAACGAGGCCUGAAGCUCUCAGGUGGAGAGAAGCAGCGAGUGGCCAUCGCACGGGCGAUCCUAAAGAAUCCUCCCAUUUUGCUUUACGACGAGGCCACGUCUUCACUGGACUCCAUCACCGAAGAGAAUAUUCUGAGUUCCAUGAAGCAGAUGGUGAAGGACAGAACAUCUGUCUUUAUCGCUCACCGGCUGUCCACCAUCGUGGAUGCAGAUGAGAUUAUUGUACUAAAUCAGGGGAAGGUGGCAGAACGCGGUGACCAUCACACACUACUGAACACACCAGGAAGCCUGUACGCUGAUCUGUGGAACACACAAAACAGCAAAAUACUGAACAACGGCAACAAGCCUGAGCCCGCAGCCGAGCGGCGUGCACAGAAAGAGGAGGAACGCAAGAAACUGCAGGAGGAGAUCAUGAACAGCGUGAAGGGCUGCGGGAACUGCUCCUGUUGAGACUGACAAAAGCUUCCGCACGCACGCGGCUCCAUCAUGCCCAGACCUGCUUCACUUGCCAUCCACCAGCCCUUGACAUGACCAUCUAGAGGCGUCCAUGACUGAUGACCACUGCUGAGCGACAGGAGUCCGUCAGUUAUGGCAGCUGGGGUCAAGAAUAUCAUUUAAUCUUGUUUAUUAAUCUGAGAGGGUUGUUAUCCCACUGCACGAAACAUGUCAAGAACAUGCCCGAGCAGGUCAUAAAUGUUCAUAAAGAAAAUGAAGGCUAUUUUUCAUGAAGAGUUUGGCAUUGUGACUAUAUUUUUGGUAAGCACAUUUCCCCACCCAAUUCUCACUACCGUAAUGCAUCCAUAGGUUGUACUUUUGUUUUUGUUUUUUUUGGUCAUUCUCAAUGAUUCUCAUUGAUUGUUACAAUCAAAAAUACUAAUUUUUUUUAAAUGUCUAAAUUAAUGGGAGCACUAAAAGUAUUGUAAAUGCUUUAUAAAUACAAUUAAGAGUGAUUGAUUGAUUAAUUUGCAUUGCAGUAAUGACACAAAACAUAUUUUCCACAAAAUGUUCAUUAAAAUGUCACAAUGCAAAAACAAUCCAAAAAUAGGCUUCAGUUUCUUUGGGCAAAUAUAAUUUCUAAUUUGCAUUUGAUUUUUGGGGUGAAAUUCACCUUCAAAUGGGAUUUCUGCAAUUUUUCCAUAACCUCAAGGGCCCAUGCCAUGAAAUGCCUUUUUCACAUGUUAUCAAGGUGAUUCCCGCCUUGUUUUAAAUUAUUUGUCUGUGUAAUUGGGAACUCUUGUAAGCUGUUUUUAUUAUGGAUAUGUACAUAUUACUAUUACAAUAUAUUGGUCUAUAAAAUUGCUGAGAAGCACAUUUUAUAGGAGCCCACUUUUCGCCAAAUAGAUCAUUUGUCUGUUAGAAUAUGCAAGUUGUGUCUGGACCAUUUUGAAAAGUGUUGUUAAUAUCAGCACCUUUGUUGCAUCAUAGAUUUUGAGAUUUGAGUUUGAUGAAGACUUAAACACAAACAUUGUACCAAAUGCUCAAUCUGGAUGAGACAUUAUUACAAGUAUAUUUGGCAGCUUUUUAAUAAUAAACUUUCUUCAUUAAGUGAUUUUGACCAUGAAAGAUUUGACCUUGUUUGGAUUGUCCAGAACUUUACAUGAUUCAGGCCACAAUAUCAUUCAAGCUGCAGGUCAUUAUUUGAUGAGAUGUUUUGGACACUGAAUGUGAAGAUUAAUAAAUUGAAAGGAUUUCUGUAUUUUCCUUUUUUCAUUUAAUUUUUUUUUUCACUGCUUUUUCAUUCAUUUGUUUGUGUUUAAGUUUAUGAUGAACGAGGUACAUUUGGUAAAUAAAUAUAUAAAAACAAAAUACAUUAAGAAUGUCAUUUGAUACAUUUAAUAUGCCCUAUUUUAUGACAAUCUUCAUAAAAUACAUUCUGAAUUUUUAUUAAUUUAGACCUUUAUGUGUGGCUCAAAAGGGUCAUGCCUUUUUUAUUAUUGUUAUUUUAAUAUGUGCUUUGAGGUUCACUUAAUUAUUAUUUUUUUUUGCACAAAAAGAAUUAGUAUAAUUGUAAAACAUGAUCAUUUUCCAUUCUCAUUCUGACCCUCUUCCAGAAACACUCAGUUUUGGUGCUGCUUCUCCUUUAAGACUUGACGUAAACACCCGUUGUUAUUGUUGGCUCGCUGCUUACAGAGUAAACUCUUGUAGACGCUCAUGACUGCAUGUCAAGGUGUUAAACAUAUUUAAUUUGACCUUUUUAUGAUAUUGCAAUACAAGUUCAUAUUGUCAAAUAAAACUUAAUAUAAAAAAUCCAUGAUAUUUGCCAAAUAUCACUGGUACAAAGUGAGGUGAAAUACAGUGUUUGUAAUCUAUAUUUAUCUAUUAAAAGUUAAUUAUUUUUACUUGAUAAUUUCAUCACUUGAGAGAUUAACCUUUGUUGAAAAUUGUAUUUCAAAAACAUACAAAACUAACAAAUACAACCAUGUUUAAGUGAUUCUCACAAAACCAGUCAAUUAAAUGUUCUGCUCAUAUUUGAGCUCAAAUCAAAAGAAAACAUUGAAAUGUAUUUUGCAUAAAUACAUUUAUUUAGAUUUUCGAGUGAAAUAGGAGCAGGACAUUUUCUAGACCGGUUUUGUGAGAAUCCCAUGACAAAUGAGUUUUAAACUAAACAUUUUUAUUUUUUUUACUUUUCAUCAUCUUGGGCAUCCUUGUUUGUCAUUUACCCAAAUAAAAAUUUUUUUUAUAAUAAUAUGUAACU